CUUGAUAACUUUCUCUGUAUUGAAAAAGAACCCAACUUUAUCUUUUUUCUUCACAGAAGAAUGGUUCAAUGGUGGAGCCCAAAGGAACCCAACUUCCUUGUGGUUUCCGUCUCUUUUUUGUCAUUAAGAAUUGGGUAAUCUUAUCAAAGUCCACCAUUGUUAUCUGCAAGAGCUUCUCUCCUAACAAUCCGCUUCUUUGAUUGUUCUGGGUCUCAAUUAUUUGCCCUAAAAUGGACUCGGAUAGUGGCAGAUCAGGCAAGAAGAGAAGGACCCAGCUUGAAGAUGAUGAUCCACAAACAACUGGUAUGGAGCGAUUGCCGACUGACAUCGUAAUUGACAUACUUUUAAGAUUACCCAUCACGUCUUUGGUUCAAUUCAAGCUUGUUUGCAGAGGUUGGAGAAUCUUAUCACAAAACCCUCAAUUUCCUAAUAUACAUCUCUCCUUCACCUCUGAGAACGAUCCUUGUCUAAUCCUUCACUGCGAUUUCCCAAUCCGGAAUCAACUUCACUUUCUGGAUUUCUCUGCUGAAGAUGACAAGAAAGACAAGGUGAAGAGAUUGCAUACGCCUUUUCAAGCAAAGAUGCCUGAAUUCGAUGUGGUAGGUUCAUGUAAUGGCUUGUUGUGCUUAUCUGAUUCUUUGUUCAACGAAGCACUCUAUUUAUACAACCCUUUUACAACCAAUUAUGUAGAAUUGCCCAAAUCUAUUCAAUACCCUCAUCAAGAAGUGGUUUUUGGAUUUGGGUUUAGUCAGAAGACUAAGGAAUACAAGGUUGUCAAAGUAGUGUAUUAUAGGAAUGGACAUAGUAGUAGCUAUCAGCGAUCGCGUAGAAUGAUAUAUACACAAUCAGAGGUUCAAAUCCUAACACUGGGCAGCUCCAGUUGGAGAAGUUUAGGCAAAGUACCAUACCAGCUUGUUCGCCGGCAAUCGGAGGCUUUGGUUAAUGGAAGACUUCAUUGGGCUAGUCGACCGCGUAGAUUCAACCCAGCUCGCAGAAUCAUCUCAUUUGACUUGGCCGAUGAGAGAUUCUUGGAGGUUCAAAAACCUGAUUGUGGUGGACUAAAUAGGUGUAAUUAUCAUCUGGCAGUGCUAAGAGGGUGCCUUUCUGCAGCUGUUUAUUGCAAUUAUGGAAGACUGGAGAUCUGGGUCAUGAAAGAGUAUAAUGUGAAGGAGUCAUGGGUUAAAGAAUUCAAUGUUGGGUCUUACGUGCCAAAGGGACUGAAACAAAAUGUGGAGCAGCCUUUCAAGAACUGGAAGAAUGGCUCCAAUGGAAGAGUGGUGAGAGUGUUGUGUCAAUUGAAGAAUGGUGAGAUUCUGUUGGAGUACAAAAACAGAGUCCUUGCUUCAUAUGACCCAAAGCAGGGGAAGUUCAGGGAUCUUGUGUUUCAAGGAACACCUAAUUGGUUUCAAACAGUUGUUCAUAUGGGCAGCCUCAAUUGGAUUGACACCCCCUGUUCCACAUAAACCCUCUCUACUUCAUGUGAGCUUACUCAAAACUUCAAUGGACUUGUGUCUGAAUUCUGGAUACAGGCAUGUUUUGCAUCAAAGGUCACACCGACUUCACGACUCAUGAGGCUCCUGCUCGUUGCCGGGACUUGGGAGGGCUUGCAAUGAAUCAACUAUACUACAGGCAUGCUUCACCUUCCUAAAAUUAAAUAACAAUUCCAGUUAUGUAUAUAGUCUACAUUUAGGCCAUUAUUGGAUUUGAUGUAGAAUAAUUCUCUGUUGUGUUAUAUAUGUACAAUUGCAAAUGAUAUAACCAUACAGGACCAGUACACGAUGAGAUUGUUGAAAGUGCAGUUUGAGCAUCCUUGGCAUGCUGUCUUUUUGGAACAUAGACUGAUAGACAUUCCUCAUAAUACUCUCUUCUUGAUUAUUGCU